CCGAUCCUGGCCCUGAUCCCGGUCCCGAUCCCAGUCCUAGCCCCGGUCCCUGUCGUCUUCCCGGUCCUGGUCUUGGUCCAGGUCCACGUUCUCGUCCCGAUCCCGAUCCUGGUUCUCAUCCCCGUCCUGGUCCUGGUCCUGGUCCUGGUCCUGGUCCUGGUCCAGGUCCCGAUCUUGGUCCUAGUCCCAGUCCCGGUCCUCCUGGUCCUGGUCUCACUCCUGAUCCUGGUCCGUGCCCUGAUCGCGAUCCCGAUCCUGGUCCUGAUCCUGGAUGGUGAUCCCGAUCCCUGUCCCGGCACUGCGGUGCCGCUGGUCCCGCAGCCCCCUCACGUCAGGGCCUGGGAGGGGGGUUCGUGCCUCCUCUGCCCCCCCCGGCUCGGAACGGGGGGUGGGUGAUGCCCCCGCAGGGUGGGAGGCCUGGUGGCGGGUCCUCUGCCCCCAAAAACGCUCCAGGAGGGGUCCAGGGCUGGGCACAGCCUGGGUGGUGGGUCCUGGUGACCCUCUAAGGGUGAGGUGUGGGGUCAGUCCUGCUGCCCCCCAGGGAGCUCCCGAGGGGGGCCAAGGCUGGGCUGGGGGGUCAGUGGUGCUGCUCCCCCCUCAAAAGGGGGUGCAGAGCCUGGUAGAGGGGCUGGUGGUGCCCUGAGGAGGAGCACGAGGUGGUGCUGCACACCUGCCCCGGGGCCAGGCCAGCCUGUGCCGCAGGGAUCAGCACAGUCCUGGCCAUCGUGUGCUCUCAGGGAAUCUGUGAGGCGGUGACAGAGAACAGGUGGGAGCAAAACUCUGCCAGGGGCCCCUGAAAAAGUGCAUUCUCUGUGUUUGAUAGGCAGAGAGAAACCAGGCCAGUGGCACCGCUCUGGAGGGUGGUGAUGUGCUCACAUCUCGCUUUGUUCUGCCCUGAUCAAAGCCACGCAGAUGGAUUUGUUCUGGUAACUUUCCGUUGUGUUGAGGUUUGGACACACCUUUGACAGGAUGUUGGGGUUUCUGAAGGAGCCUGUUGUGGUCACUGCAGAGAUCAACGUGAACCUCGUGGCCCUGACUGUGAUGGGAUUAAUAACUCGCCUUUGGGGGCUCUGUUAUCCACGGGCUGUGGUUUUUGAUGAAGUUUAUUAUGGCCAGUUCGUGUCACUCUACAUGAAGAGGAUCUUCUUUGUGGAUGACAGUGGCCCACCUUUUGGCCACAUGCUGCUGGCCUUGGGAGGUUACUUAGGAGGAUUUGAUGGAAACUUCUUAUGGAACAGGAUUGGAGCUGAAUACACCAUGAACGUUCCUGUGUGGUCCCUGCGGCUCCUGCCAGCCCUGGCUGGUGCUCUCUGUGUGCCUUUAGCCUACCAGAUCCUGGUGGAACUGCACUUCUCCCACUGUGCUGCACUUGGAGCUGCUCUUCUGAUCCUCUUAGAGAACUCUCUGAUCACUCAGUCAAGGUUCAUGCUCCUGGAAUCAAUAUUGAUUUUUUUUAUCCUACUUGCAGUUUUGUCCUACCUGAAGUUCUACAAUUUGCAGAGGCACAGAUCCUUCUCUGGAAGAUGGUGGUUUUGGCUCAUGCUGACUGGAGUAGCCUGUUCAUGUGCAGUUGGAGUGAAAUACAUGGGCCUGUUUACCUAUAUGCUGCUCUUGGCCAUUGCAGGGCUGCACUUCUGGCACAUGAUAGGAGACCAGACCUUGUCAAAUGUUUCCUUGCUGUGCCAUUUUCUAGCCCGGGGACUGGCCCUCCUCCUCAUCCCAGUGGUGAUGUACCUGUCCUUCUUCUAUGUCCACUUGGCUCUGCUGUAUUGCUCUGGGCCUCACGACCAGAUCAUGACAAGUGCUUUCCAAGCCAGCUUAGAGGGUGGGCUGGCUCGGAUCACUCAGGGCCAGCCCUUAGAGGUGGCCUAUGGCUCUCAGAUCACCCUGCGGAACGUGCUGGGCAAGCCCAUGCAGUGUUGGCUCCACUCUCACACGAACACUUAUCCCAUCAGGUAUGAGAAUGGCCGAGGGAGUUCCCAUCAACAGCAGGUGACCUGCUAUCCCUUCAAGGAUGUGAACAACUGGUGGAUUGUCAAAGAUCCUGGAAUGCAGCAGCUGGUGGUGAGUAACCCCCCCCGGCCCGUCAGGCAUGGACACAUUGUGCAGCUGGUCCACGGCAUCACAACCCGCUACCUCAACACGCAUGAUGUUGCUGCCCCUCUGAGCCCCCACUCCCAGGAAGUUUCCUGCUAUAUUGAUUAUAACAUCUCCAUGCCAGCACAGAACCUCUGGAGAGUGGAGAUUGUAAAUCGGGAGUCUGACACAGACGUGUGGAAGACAAUUCUGUCAGAAGUGAGGUUUGUUCAUGUCAACACCUCUGCAGUGCUAAAGCUCAGUGGAGCAUCUCUGCCCGAGUGGGGAUACCGGCAGCUGGAGGUGGUUGGAGAGAAGCUGUCCAAAGGCUACCACCAGAGCAUGCUGUGGAAUGUGGAAGAGCACAGAUACGGGAAAAGCCAAGAGCAAAAAGAGAGGGAAGUGGAACUCCACUCUCCCACACAGAUGGACAUCAGUAAAAACCUCAGCUUCAUGGCAAAGUUCACAGAAUUGCAGUGGAAAAUACUCACAUUAAAAAAUGAAGACACAGAACAUAAGUACAGCUCCUCUGCUCUGGACUGGAUCACAAUGGACACAAAUAUUGCCUACUGGCUCCACCCCACCUCUGGGGCCCAGAUCCACCUCCUUGGGAAUGUUGUCACCUGGGCUUCAGCUAAUGCUGCUGCUCUGGUCUACACGUGUCUGUCCCUGUGGUACUUGAUACGACGGAGGAGGAGGAUUUAUGACAUCCCUGAAGAUUCCUGGCAGCUCUGGGUGUCAGCUGGGGGUGUCUGUGGUGGAGGCUGGGUUGUGAACUACCUGCCCUUCUUCCUGAUGGAGAAAACACUUUUCCUGUACCACUACCUGCCUGCCCUCACAUUCCAGAUUCUCCUGAUUCCCGUCGUGUUGCAGCACCUCGGUGAUCAUCUCUGCAGGUCUGUGCUGCUCAAGAGCAUGUUCAGUGCACUGAUUGUAGCCUGGUUCUCCUCAGUGUACUUUGUCUACUGCACCUUCAGCCCCGUGACCUACGGGCAGCCCGCGCUGUCCAUGACGGAACUCAAGGACUUGCGCUGGAAGGACAGCUGGAACAUCCUCAUCCGAAAACAGUGACCGCUACAAUCGCGUUACAGCCAAAAGGAAACACCUUUUGUGCAAAGCCAAGGAUUUAUUGUUAGUGUAACUGAAAUCUUAACAGUCGGAUCAAGUAAUUGACAGUAGUCCAGAUCUAACGAUUACAGGAAAAGAGCACUGUUACAGAAAAGCUCUCAACAGGAAUACAUUUAUGAGCACAAUUCCCAGUUUCUGCCCCUGUUACAUUCACCCUUCCACUGCCCCUCGGGGCCUGAAGGUUGCUGACUUCAGGCAACAGCAUCCCAGGCUCCUUUGCUGGGAAGAACAUGCUGCAACAAUAUCUUCUUCCUCUUUCUGACAGCGGUGGUUUCUUCCUUCUUGCACUGCAUUUCACUGAGGGCUAUUUCAUGUGUUUCCCAGCACCUUGGUCUACAAUUCCAUGAUAAAAGUUACAAAAAAUGGGCACUCUCCAACACAUCAGAUAUUUUUCUCUUGAUACUCCUAAAAAAAAAAAGGUUUUCCACACUCUGAAGCUUAUCCAUUCUUUAACAAUCAGUAACUGGCCCUGCAGCCUUCAGCACCAUCCCAUGACUCUAUUCCUCAACAAUGCAUUAUUUGCCCCCACUUUCACUGCUCUGCUAUCAUCCCUAUUUAUGUAAAUACAGCAUUAAGCCACAUUUAUAAAUAGUUCAUUCUGCAUAGAAUAAUGGCUUGUUACUAUUAUCUAUGUGUAAUCAUUUGGCAUAACCAUCAUUUUUAAGAAGCAAAAAUAAAAAGACAUUAGAAAAUUACUGUUACAGCUAAACAAGCUAAAACAAGGCUUUGGGCAAGCCAGGAAGUCAGCCAGAGCCAGAAGAAUCCUCUGGCCUUGUGGCAUUGAUGUGAAGCCUGAGGCCUGUUACCAGCCAUGGCUGUAUUGUAUUUACUGGGCUGCAGGGUUACACCUCAAAUCCCAUGGGAAGAGGAACUCUGGGCAAGGUAGGACUGAUCCUGCUGAGAAGGAAACCUGCUCUAACUUGUGCACGUGGGUUCAGGGUAAAAACACUGUAACCCAAACCAUGGCCUGGCCUGUUCUAGCAGAGGAAUUCACAGAGAAGGGGGAAGGCAGAGGUGAAGGACUAGGAUUGCCCAGUGGGGAAUUUGUAAUGGCUCUAGUUAUUUAACCAGGGUUCCAGUACCUCGGCCACAUCCCAUUUCUUAUCUCCAUGGGGCUGCAGCAGCAGGUCCUUUAAUACAGCACAAAGCUGCCCAGAACAGCAGCCCCACAGAGCAGAGGCUCUUUGUGGAGUUCCUCACAGCUCUAACAAACGCUAUUCAAGGCUCUAACAAAUGCUUUGAGCUCCCCCCUGGCCUCCAGAGGAAGGUAUGAUCCAACACCACAGUCAUUCAAAGUAGGGUUCAGUGACUAUUUUGCUCCUACUGUAAUCAGCCCUGAGAGCUAAUGCUUCAGUGCAGUAGCUCAUAGUCUAAGUCUGUCACCCUGAGCCAAACAGCACCCAGCAGCAGUCAGGAAAUGACCUGCCUUCUCCUGGGCACUGCAGAAGUACCACUCAGCUGAGGAGAUCACUGAGAUACCAAACCUUCACCCAUUUCCAGUGUUGAAAAGACUACAGCGAUGAAAGUGCAGACUGCAGUUCUUAAGUUUCUUCUUUUUUUUUUUUCUAAAUCUUCAGCCACGACAAAACUAAAGGUAACAAUUCUGUUGAGUGCAAGAGCUCCUCCAGCAGUGUCCUUUCUGUACCUUUUUGCUGAUGUAGUCCAAGUAGCACAAUUACCUUUUAUAUAAAAUGGUCAUUUUUGA